AUGGCCGGAUCGCGAGUGUGCGGUCACAGGGCGUCGCCCAAGAAGGUGUUCACGUGCCAGCUGUGCGGUAAGGUGCUGUGCUCUAAGGCAUCCCUGAAGCGACACAUCGCCGACAAGCACGCAGAACGACAGGAGGAAUACCGUUGCGUCAUCUGCGAGCGCGUAUACUGUUCCCGGAAUUCUCUAAUGACGCACAUCUACACAUACCACAAGUCGCGUCCCGGCGACAUCGACAUAAAGUUCUUUUAGCCAGAGCACCUGCCCCAGCCGCUGCUGCCUUCGACCACGCUCCCAGGGCCGGUGCGGAUGCCGCCUCCUACAUCCGGAGGCAUCAACGAACCGCAGGAGUGCCCUUACUGCAGGCGCACCUUCAGCUGCUACUACUCGCUCAAGAGGCACUUUCAGGACAAGCACGAGCAGUCCGAUACGCUCUACCUCUGCGAGUUCUGCCAUCGGCGGUAUCGCACCAAGAACUCGCUCACCACCCACAAGAGUCUUCAGCAUCGCGGCUCCAGCGGCAUGCUCAAAAGAUUGCUCAAGACGACGGCCAUCAAGAGCGUGCUCGGCGUCACCUCUGCUUCGCCGCCGACGACGUUACAACAGCAGCAACCGCCGCCGCGUCUCCAGUGAGCCACUGCCCUGGUAACGGCCUAAACGCUACUGUAAAACCGAAAGUACAAAUCCCCACAGAGCCCAAUGUAGUUUUUAUAUGUCUAUAUUUACUACUUUCAUUUGAAUGAUGGCAAGCAGCCACAUCGAGAUAGAUACCUAACAAAUAUCCCGAUAGCGAAUUUCUAUUAGCAAUUUCGCACAUUUGGUAAAGGAGGUAUAUGGUCUACUUUCUAUCUUCGAUUGAGCUAAUAGCAAUUCGCCACCAAAUGACAUAUCUUCACCAUAUCACCCUCAAUAAUGCAUACAUCACUCUGUCCCACAUCAGUGUGCGUGUAUAUUCUCGUGAUCUACCCCCAGGAAUAUAUGAGACAUUUCCCAGUGUUACUGUGAUUCAGUUCAAUUUUUUCGUUCCCCAUUUUUCGACGAAAAUAUCGUCUCUAACAUUUUAUCCCAUUUCGAAUAUUUAUCACACUCCGCUCGCCCAAGUUGCAUUUUUGUUAACCCCUGAUGAUGUUAAAUUGGAAAUUAACUCUAAUUUGGAAUUGUCGCAUUUCCAUGGAGUUCCAAUUGUUGUUGUGUCAAAAAUAAGAAGUUUUCGCUUCGCCACAAAAUGCAAUCUUCGGUGAGUUUAAAAACUCGUUACAUUUCGAUUGAUACAUAUCAAAAUUUUGAAAUAAUCAAACGUUACAAACCUACAGUAAAAUGAUACUGUAUUAUACGGAACGUUUCAUUGGAAUAAUGCAAUUAUUUUAUUGGUACAAAAAGGUUAUAGAGUUAUUAAACGAAGUUUUUUCUAGACGAAUUAUCUUCAUCCCUAAGCUUUUGCCACAUAUUGUGGUUGUAAAACCGCCUCUAUAAUUGUUUACCUCUGCGUACCGGUAAAAGAUGUUCAUUAACCAUUGAAAUAUCCUUAAUGUCGAGGUGUGAUAAGUAAUCGAUGAAAAUUUGCUCAUGUGAUUUAAUUAGAAAAAGUCGCGGUGUUGAGAUUUCGCGAUAAAAUCUUAAAUGUUAUUCUAUGUAUUUAUGUUAUUUAAACUUGGCUAGGUUAAAAAACAGCUAGGCAGGUGUUGCUGUGAAAGGUUUUCAGACUUACAUAUCUCUCCAGGGUUCAAUGUAAAUAAUGAUGUGCCAAUUUUUGCAUUUGUUCAUUAUUAUGUUAAGUAAAUUAAAGAAAAUUAGGUUGAUUAGUGCGUAUGCAAGUUCGCGCGUCGAUUGUUGCGCCCUCCGGGAACUGUUGAAUGUCUGCGAAAAAUUUAUUUACCAAAUUCGACAUUCAACUUGUGAUUUUUUUUAGUUUCUUUUUUUGUUGUUGAAAUUGUGUUUUGGUAUAGUAUAUUUAUUUGUUGUUAUUUGUUAACUAAAUUUACGUUUCUGUGAUGUUUAGAUUUAAUUUUGGCGCGGAAAGCGCAACAAUCGACACGGGAAACUCCUAUAAAGUAAUUAGUUUUUGAUCUGAGAAAAGGAAACGGCACGGUUACAUUUCGGCAACCGGUAGCGUACAUUUCCGAGGAAAAUUGACCUAGAGGUCAAAAUGAAGUUGCACCUCUUAUAACAACCUCAUAAGUUAUAAUAAAACCACCUAUGUGCUACUUACACCUUAUAAAAUUUCUGGUAAAAGGUACUUUGCUCUAGGUCAAUUUUCCUCGUGCAUUUUGACUGUAUAUUUAGUGCUGUGACUCCUCAAAACUUUUUGUCUGAUUAGGUUUAAAAAAUUAUUUAUUUGUUUAGUUUUUGUGAUACGGUCGAACCAAAGACAUUUCAAUUGGAAAAUUUGUUUCUAAAAGAUUCGAAAAUAUUUUUUUAAAACGUGCCAUUUUAAAGUAAAUGAACAUUGAUAUAAAAGUGUCGGGUUGUUGGUGGAAAUAUGCGGUUGGGUGGUUGUUGGUUUUGCAAUGAGAGAAAACGACCGGUGAAUUUAUUGAUUUUUGAAAUGUGUCUUUACAUACAUUUGAAAGCUUUUUUUCAUACAUUUUCUGGUACGAUUUGCAGCAAUUUAGAGAAUGUAAGAGUCUUUUGGAA